AGCCUUGCAGCAAUAUAUGAAUGGAGGUUAGGCUACGCCCACGCUUCCGUUUCCAAUCCCUUUCAUUUACUUUAUUAUCUAUGAAUAUACUUAGCGCCAACUGGUCUAUUGCCUCGUUGCGGACUCCUGAUAAUUAUACUCCAUUAAAGAAAGGUAUACUGUAUAGAACUGAAACAGGAAAUAGUGAGACUUUAAAAACAAUACUAAGACAAAACAGCUAUGGCAGGAGAAAUAGCACAAGAAAUAGAAGAAAAUGUGCAGCAAAAAGAAAUUGAAAAGCUAAAUGCUGAAAUACAAGAAUGGGAAGAAAGAGAUGAAUAUAUAGAGCAAAUGCAACAAGUGGAAGAUGAAAUGGAUUCUGAAUAUAAAAAAAUAAUAGCAGAAAUGCAAAAUGUGGUAAAAGCCAAAAAAAUACAAGAUGAAGAGCAUAAAAAACAAAUGACAAACAUAGACAGUGAAGAAGAUAAUAAAAAAACGAAUGCAGAAAAAGAUUUUGAAGAAAAAAAAGAAAAAUUAAAAAAUGACGAAUGCAAAAAGAAAAAAGAAGAGGAAAAAUAUGAUAAAAAAAUAGCAGCAAUAAAAGAUGAAGCAAAAAAAAAGAGAGACAAAGAAGAUACUAAAAAUAAAGAAAGAUUAAAAGAAAUACAUGACAAAGCAAAAGAACUAAAUAACAAAGAAAUACACAAUAGAGCAAAAGAGCUAAAAACCAAAGCUCAAAAUAUAAAACAGAAAUUGGAAUCAAAAACAAAGCGUGUACAUGUAGAAGCUUUAGAGAAAGCUGAAAUA